UUGUUUGCCAACCGCCAGGAAACAGUAAAGGAAGAGGAAGACGAAUCUAUGACAUCUGCAUUAUUAGAUUCCACCACGUCUAUAGAGGGCGCUCUACCAUAAGCUUAACUUACACUUCGAAACGAGAACUCUUGUUUCUCUUCGGACACAUUUUGCUUGCGCACCGAGUGAAAGACGCGCCGCAUUCUCACAUUUUCAGAAGUGUGGCAGCACAGAUGGCAACUACAAAGGUUCCAGAGGUUCGGGACAUAACACGGAUCGAAAGGAUUGGUGCACACUCCCACAUUCGUGGCCUUGGUUUGGAUGAUGCUUUGGAGCCAAGACAGGUGUCUCAGGGGAUGGUUGGCCAGCUGGCCUCCCGUCGGGCAGCAGGGGUCAUUCUAGAGAUGAUCAAAGAUGGUCACAUUGCUGGCAGAGCAGUGCUAAUUGCUGGCCAACCUGGCACAGGAAAGACUGCCAUUGCUAUGGGUAUUGCCCAGUCUCUUGGCCCAGACACGCCCUUCACAGCGCUGGCUGGUAGUGAGAUCUUCUCACUGGAGAUGAGUAAAACUGAGGCACUCAGCCAAGCUUUCAGGAAAGCCAUUGGAGUUAGGAUCAAAGAAGAAACCGAGAUAAUUGAAGGAGAGGUGGUGGAAAUCCAGAUUGAUAGACCAGCCACUGGAACGGGAGCAAAAGUGGGAAAGCUGACUCUGAAGACUACAGAGAUGGAGACAAUAUAUGAUCUGGGCAACAAGAUGAUAGACAGCCUUAGUAAAGAGAAGGUUCAAGCUGGGGAUGUUAUUACUAUUGACAAAGCAACAGGAAAAAUCACCAAGCUGGGUCGUUCCUUUACCAGAGCCAGAGACUACGAUGCCAUGGGAGCUCAGACACAGUUUGUGCAGUGCCCAGAGGGAGAACUGCAGAAGAGGAAAGAGGUGGUCCACACAGUGUCUCUUCAUGAGAUUGACGUCAUCAACAGCCGUACUCAAGGCUUUCUGGCGCUCUUUUCUGGAGACACUGGAGAGAUCAAGUCUGAAGUGCGUGAGCAGAUUAAUGCUAAAGUGUGUGAAUGGCGGGAGGAGGGCAAGGCAGAGAUAAUUCCAGGGGUGUUAUUUAUUGAUGAAGUCCAUAUGCUGGACAUGGAGUGCUUUUCCUUUCUGAACCGCGCCCUGGAGAGUGACCUGUCCCCAGUUCUUAUCAUGGCCACUAACCGAGGCAUCACCCGUAUCCGUGGUACAAACUACCAGAGUCCUCAUGGAAUCCCUAUAGAUCUAUUGGACCGCCUGUUGAUUAUCGCCACCUCCCCCUACACUGAAAAAGAGACGAGGCAGAUCCUCAAGAUUCGGUGUGAGGAGGAAGACGUGGAGCUUAGUGAAGAGGCUCACACUGUUCUCACGCGCAUCGGUAUGGAGACAUCCCUGCGCUACGCGAUCCAGCUGAUCAGCACUGCAGGACUGGUGUGUCGCAAACGCAAGGGGACAGAAGUUCAGGUGGAUGACAUUAAACGAGUUUAUUCUCUGUUCCUGGAUGAGGCUCGUUCAUCACAGUACAUGAAAGAGUAUCAGGAUUCCUUCCUCUUCAAUGAAACACAAACAGCUUCAAUGGACACGUCGUAAUGAAGAUAUCUGCUCUGUUUUCUUACUGUGAAGUGUUUGUUGUUGAUUGUCCCCUGGGAAAAAAAAUUGAACAAAGCAUUUAAAAUGCAAAAUACAAAUGAAAUUAUCUACAUUGUUAUUCCUGUACAAUCUUAAUAUACACAAAUUUGGCUUAAUUCUGAAUUUACGACAGUUCCCUUUUUUCUGUUUCUAUUUUCUUUGUUGACUUAACUUUACAUUGUUUAUUUUUAUGACAAUUAAUAAACAGGCUUUUAUAAGCA